AUGGCACAACCUGCGGCAUCCUCCGCUCGCGCCCUGAUACAGUCAGUUCUACAGCAUCAAUACCUCCAGACGCACCAGUUCCAGGACCCCCCGCCGCCGUACGGCAAAGAGGGCCGGAGCCCGGACAUGGUCUUUCUGGAAAGGACCGGCACGUUUCCGGCUACGCAGCUCCACAUCGAAUGA